AUGGCGUGGGGUAAACAUUGUGUGUUAACAACUUUGGCUAACUAUAUUUUGUUCGUUUUAGUAUUUUCAGGGUCUGCUAUAUUAUAUUUUAUUGGUGAACCAUUUAAACAAGGGUUUUUCUGUAGUGAUGAGUCUAUUAGAUAUCCUUAUAAAACAUCAACUGUCAGCAAUAUCGUUCUUUACUUGGUUUCAUUUUUCAUGCCACUUGUCAUUCUUGCUAUUGGUGAUAUAGUCACUGUCUUGUUGGAGAUACGACGAAAUGAACUAGAUUUACAACCGAAAGUAUCAAAACUAAAAGUUAUUGUUGAACAGAUAUCAUGUACAAUGGCAGUGUUUCUGUUUGGUUUCGCUUCUACACAGUUUUCUGUGGACAUAAUGAAAUAUUCUGUGGGUCGAUUGAGACCUCAUUUUCUGGCUGUAUGUCAACCGGAGAAAUUUAAUUGUACAGGACAGUAUAUUGAAGAUUUUGUUUGUACGUCAGGUACCCAGGAAGAACUGAAGCAAGCCAGGUUAUCUUUUCCAUCAGGCCAUGCCGCUCUAUCAAUAUACGCCAUGUUGUUUUUGAUAUGUUAUAUUCAUGAAAAAUUCCACUUCCAAACAUUGCCGUUAUUAAAAACCUUCCUACAGAUUCCGUGUUUUUAUAUGGCUAUAUAUGCCAGUGUAUCGAGAGUCUUUGACUACUGGCACCAUCCUACAGACGUCCUGGCAGGGUUCCUGCUAGGGGCAUUUAUGGCAAUAGUCACAGCAAAACUAGUAGCUAAUAAUUUUAAACUCUCUUGGCAUUCUCAAGACAGAGAGCUACUACCAACAGAUAAAACGAUCUGAACACUCUGAGCACUCGUUAAGAUCAUUUGAACAUGUCUUCACUAGUCAAGAACAUUUGAACACGUCUUCACUGGAAUGUAGCCAGUGAUUAUACCAGUGAACAUAUAUUCUAAUAUGGGGAAUUCGGUUGUAUUUUAAAUUUCAUCACUCAAUCAUCAUGGGCGUGGUUAUGUGUAUGAAUUUGGUGAUUUGUUUCUAAAAUUUGUGAAAAUGCUUCAAAGAAGGCCUUGCAAUACAUGUACCAUUUGAACAGUGCACCUUGCAAAUUCUGUUUCCAAAAUUUGUAGGAAUAUUGUAAUGCAUGUACCUUUUUAAAUGGUACAAAGUUUUUUUGGGGGAAAAAGAAUUCUAGUAAUUUAUAAAUUGUAUCAUUAUUAUUCUAGUUGUAACCAAGGGAAUAAAAAUCAUCACUUU